CAUCUUUCCGCUCUCACCCUUUUAAGUAGUACCACAUAAAAACUCUCUUUCUACAAGUUUUCAAGGUCGCAGCACAAGUCCUCCCAUGGAUGCCGCUGCUCAACCCACAGCUUAUCUGUUUUGAUUCAGCUUGCACCCUGCAUGGAAGCUUUAGGGAAGGGGAGGCCAGCGAAGAACAUGAUCCAUCAGGAACAGGUACAGUGGGUCAGAGCCUUGAGAUGCCUGGAGAUGGGUAUGCAUGGAGAAAGUAUGGGCAAAAGUUCAUUCUAAAGAUAAGAAAGAACAGAAGCUACUUCAAGUGCCGCGAAGAGGGAUGCAAGGCGAAGAAGAGGGUCGAAUGGCCUCCCUCGGACCCCAGCAACGUCAAGGUCACUUACGACGGAGUGCACCACCACCCAUCGCCACAGCUGCUUUCAGCUUCGUAUCGAGAGGAGCGAGCAGGAAUGGCCAAUAGAUACAAUUUGGUAAUCCAAGUGCUUGGUCCUCCUGGUGAUUCUUCGUGAAGCGCUUCGGCUGAGCAGAUCAUAUCCUAAUAACACACGACAUACACAUACAUAAUGCUCGAUCGACUAGUUCUGGUUGGCUAGCUUGUUCGAGGAGCUCGUUUAUGGUGUUAUUCUAGUCUUAACACAGAAUAUAUACAUCCAGUUGUUUU